AUGGUUAUAAAAAAAGCAACUCUUCAAAACCAAGAUAAAGACAAAUAUAUCAAAAGAGAAUUGGAAUUCUACAAGUUGAUAGAAAACAAAUCAUUCUUUUUGUUGAGAUGUUUAAACAUUCAAAACAAAGAGGAUAAUAUUAUUCGACUACCAUACAUGCAACUGGACACACUCGACGAUGUCUUGACUAAAAACAAAUACCUCUAUGUCGAUACUAUUAUCAAUAUGGUUCGUAAUAUCAUUGGUGGAAUAAAGGAGUUGCAUCAAUUAAAAAUAUCGCACUGUGAUCUAAAACCAAGAAACAUAUUUGUUGAUGAUCAGUAUAAUAUAAAGAUAGGUGAUUUUGACUCUGCUAGAACUACGAUGGCUGGAAAAGAUAUAGUUAGAUACAUACCUUCAUCAUGGCCAUCGAAAUAUAAAAACUUGUUGCGAAAAUGUUUGACACCGCCGUAUCCAACAAUCGCAGAGGUAUCGGCACUUUGGGAGGAUAUACCCUAUUCUGACCAUUGGGAAAUGUAUUAUACCUCUGGAAAAUAUAAUACAAUGCUUUUCAACAAGGCAAAGAACCUUAGAAACCUCCCCAUCAAGCAAUACAAGUUCCCUAGUCUUGGAGCCAACAUUAUCAAGAUGAUAGAAACAGCAUUCAACAAAAACCAACUAGUCAAGUUAAUUGGUAUCCCAGGCACGGGUAAAACAAUCAUAGCCUACAUGUACAGCCUCACAGUCGAUAACUUUCACAACCGAACACCGAUAUGGGUGAACAGUAAGAAAAAUCUAGACGAUAAACUCAAGGAUAUCGCAAAUCAAGGUAAAUCAUGUAGCUUUCUUAUCGUCUGGGACGAUUUUGAAGGCAAAAAAUCAGAAGGUGACAUUAAAUUUGAUAUGCCAGACAAGACUAUUGAUGUGAAGUUUUUGAUCACAUCAAAAAUCAAUGUCGAUUCUUUUGGCGAACAUGUACAUUUCCCUGGAGACAGCGAUCAUAUAGAUUUGAAUCAAAACCAAACAUUUGAUUCGAAAAAGUUAUUGGAAGAAAUUGUUGACAAUCUAAAGGCUAAAGAGACGCCCAAAACCAAGGUUGGAGAACCCCUCGUCGAUGCAGAAGAAAGAGAGAUGGCUUUGAAGGAAAUUGAAAAGUCUAUUCAAGAAAUCCCAAAGUUUCCUUCACUUUUGGAUCAUCUCACUGGGUCACAAGUUAAUAGUUCCGAAUGGAUUCAAGAAACAAUAGAAUGA